AUGGUAGUGUUCGUGGUGGUGAUGGUUCUAGUGGUGGUUGUGGUGAUGGUGGUCGUGAUGGUGGUGGCGAUGGUGGCGGUGGUGAUGGUGGUCAUGGUGGUGGUGGCCAUGGUGGUGGUGGCGAUGGUGGUAGAGGUGAUGGUGGAUGUGAUGGUGGAGGAGGUGGUGGUGAUGCCAGAGAAAUUGCCUCAUCCUCGCCCUCCUCCUGACAACACCACCACUGUAAUGAGAACAUAUUUGCAUGAACCGGGGAAGCGGGAGAAGACUCUGGUGCUCAGAAAAUGCAAUCUCACUGGCCUGGCUGAAGAUAAGACUCACCCAAGCACAGGGAAUAAUCCAGGUGGCUGCAGUGACCCUCAGAACAGCCCAGAGACAAAGCCCCAUUCCUACCCAGAUGCCAUCAGAAGUGGCUUGGAUGGCUUGGAGGCCAGCAUCUCCUAUAGCAGUGAGCAGCAGUUGUGCCUCUAUGCUGCGGCUGGGGAAUGCCUGUUUGGAGAUGCCUGAGUCUUCCUGCAGUGUGAGCUCUACAGGUUAAAAGUUCUGCACCCCUUUGACUCAGAACAAAAGAAAGCUCAUGAGAUGUGUAUGUUGACAUUUGAACACAAGAUGGAAAAGGCUUGUGUCUUCCAGGAGAACCAGGACACAGUGUGCAGCAUCUGAACGGAGGUGAUUGAAGAAGGCAUUGGCUUCUGGGGGAGGUUUGCCAUUCUCUCCAGCUGCAGCCACACCUACUGCCUGUCCUCCAUCUGCCAAUAGAGUUGCUCCAAGCAGUUUGAAAACCCAAUCAUAAAGUCUUGUCCAGAAUGUCGUAUGAUAUUUGAGCUUGAAAUUCCAAGUGUGUACUGGGUAGAAGAUCAGAAUGAAAAAAAAAAAAAAGAGUUGAUUGAAGCUUUCAAACAGAGAACAGGGAUAAAGGCAUGCAAAUAUCUUGAAUAAGGGACCUGUCGCUUUGAAAGCAAGUGCCUUUACUGCCGUACUUACCCUGAUGGGCAGCUGGCAGAGCCAGAGAAACCCCAAAGGCUAUUUCUGUGUCUCAUGGCCACCCCUUGCUGCAGGAGAGGAUAG